CUUGAUUGUACUACUUGACAGCAUGUAUAAAUUCACAUGCUUAGCCGAGAUAAUUCAGUCUCAAACCAACCAGAUAAUCACAUCCUUGGUCCUUGGAGCUAGGAAGAUGAAACCAGAAACUCUUGAAGCCAGUGAGGCCUCCAAUGAAUCUCCCCCGAAGACUGACGUGAAUAAAGGGGUGUCCAAACUCGAUUUUAUCAUGAGAAUUGUGGCCAUGUUUGGUACCUUAGGGAGUGUCAUUGCCAUGUCAACUAUUAACCAAACGCUCCCCUUUUCCAUGCAAUUCUUUAGGUUUGGGAUCAAGCACAAUGGUCUUCCUACCUUCACGUUCUUUGUUGUGGCAAAUGUGAUUGCAAUUUGCUACCUGGUUCUAUCCCUUGCCCUAUCAAUCUUCCACAUAGUGAAAAGUGGUGCAGGAAUCACCAGGGUAAUUUUGAUCUUCCUUGACACGGUAAUGCUAGCAUUAUUGACAUCCGGAGCUUCAGCUGCUGCGGGCAUUGUACACCUAGCACACAACGGCAAUGUCCAGGCAACCCCGGUCACCAUUUGCCAACAGCACGACUCUUUCUGCGAGCGUGUCUCGGGUUCUUUGGUCGGAUCCUACAUAGGAUGCCUCGUGUUUUUACUGUUGAUUGUGUUGUCCGCUUUAGCCCUUUCUAGAAACUGAUCCGCACUGAAUAAUCCAACAAAGAUGUCCACGUUGUAUUUGGUGAUCGAACUUUGUUUGCAUCCAUUCGUGUUUUCUUGUUCGGGUUAUUUUCUAAAUUUGUUGUUGAUUCACAUAAGAGGGAACACUAUCAAUGUAACCCUCCCUUCAUGUUUUGCUAGCUGUGUGAUUUUUUGUACUGGCCACAGGAGAGUUGGCCCCAUGAUUAAGAUAAGACAUAUAGAUAGCUUAGUCUUAGGUUGUGUCUAUCCUUUUAUCUGAUAAAAGGGACCAUGUAUUGUCAUAUGUUUUUACUUGAGUCUAUGAUUGUCUGUCCAUUUUCCA